AUGUUCCGCUCCGCCAUUGUUCGUUCCUUGAAGGCUUCCGCCCCCCGUGUCAUCAAGACCCCGGCUCCCUUCCACAUCCGCAGCUCCCCCAUUGCUGCCCAGGUCCCUCAAUUCACUCCCUGCUUCGCUCAGGGUGUCCGCCUGUACUCCGCCCCUGCCGGUCUGAGCAAGACUGAGGCUGAGGGCCGGAUAGUCAACCUGCUCAAGAACUUCGACAAGAUUAACGGCGCUUCCCACUUCUCGAACGAUCUUGGUCUGGACAGCCUGGACACCGUCGAGGUCGUGAUGGCCAUUGAGGAGGAGUUCAGCAUUGAGAUCCCCGAUAAGGAGGCUGACCAGAUCCACAGCGUUGAGAAGGCUGUCGAGUACAUCCUGGCCCAGCCCGAUGCCCACUAG